UAGAUCGAAAGAGGAAGAGAAAAACAAGGUCUUGCUAAAUGCUAAUCGAUACACAGUACUCGUAACCGGUGAGAGUGAAAGAGUGUGAUUCAACUCGGUGCGUGCUCGACUCCAACCAGCUUGGUGUAGGGACUUUGAGGAAAGAGAAAUGUCCAGGUUUCGAGCACUGUUGCAAGCAACCAAGAAAGCUCUCACAUGGAAUGUCGAAGACCUGGUGCCUCCCAGUGAGAGAUAUAUAUUUAAUUUCGGUUCAAAGGAAGAGCUGAAGAAGUGGCAUUUAUAUUCUGAUUCUGAAUAUGGAGGGUUGUCCUCAGCAUCUUUAGAGAUAUCAGAUACUGGAAAUGGACUCAAUGGAAUUUUCUCGGGUAACCUUUCUUCUGAUUUUGCUGAGGGUUCAAAGUGGAAGAUGAACAGGAGUGGCUUUUGUGGAAUGCGGUCCAAAAAGUUUAAUGGCUUCAUUGAUUUGGAUGCAUAUGAUACCAUAUCACUAAAAGUUAAAGGAGACGGAAGAUCCUACAUAUCUACGAUUUAUACAGAAAACUGGGUAAAUUCCCCUGGACAAGAUGAAGAUAAUUCAUGGCAGGCUUUUGUUUUUGUACCAAAAGACAACUGGUACAUUGCAAAGAUUCCUCUUUCUCGUUAUCUACCAACAUGGAGAGGGAGUGUUAUAGACGCAGAGAUGGAAAUGAAUCCUGCCCGCGUUGUUGGUAUGUCUCUCUCAGUGAAUGCAGAAGGUGGUGUCCCGGGUGCUAGAUCUGGUCCGGGUGAUUUCAAGCUUGAAAUUGAUUGGAUAAAGGCUUUAAGAACAGAGUGAUUUUGUAAAACUUAUGAAACUCGGUUGUAUUCAAGUUUUGUUUUGUAGUAACAAUUUAUAUACAAAAAAUGAAUGCUUCUGCUGCGCUGAUUAAGAGAGAGAGAGAAAAAAAAAAAAAAAAAAA